GCAAAUUUAAAUUGUUUUAUUUGAUAUAAAUUUCAUUCGUUUAAAACAAGCUAUUUAAUUUAUAAUAUAAAAUCUCUUUUCUGCGCACUAAUUUGUUCAAAUGGACGGUCAGCGCAAGGAACGCAAAUCAGCAAUGGUAACACGACAAAUAUAUGCUCCACUAUCGCCUUGUCCCAUACCCGACAUAAGUGAUGACGAGCUGGUGUCAAUAUCUGUACGCGAUCUUAAUCGUACACUUAAAAUGCGUGGCUUAAAUCGAGAAGAAAUUGUGCGUAUGAAACAACGACGUCGUACGUUAAAGAAUCGUGGCUAUGCUGCAAGUUGUCGCAUAAAACGCAUCGAGCAGAAAGAUGUCUUAGAAACGGAAAAAUCACAUGAAUGGUUGGAACUGGAAACGAUGCAUGAUGAAAACGAGAAAAUUCGCAAAGAUAUAGCAAAUUGGAAAAACAAAUAUAAGGCGUUGUUGCAGUUUGCUGGACAAAAUGAAAUACCUAUACCGCCUGAACUAGAAGACAUCUAAACGCAAAUUUUUAUAGUGAAAAUUUUUUUAUAUUAUUAUUAAGUUGUACAAAAUGUUCCAAAACUGAAUUAUAUAGUGAUUUCUUAUUGUACUUGUUUAACUUGUAUACGAAUAUGUUUUAUUAUACCCAGAUUAA